UCUAGGUGUUGAUGGACAGCUUGAGGAUGCGGGCUGGAGCACAUCUGGAAGUGGUAGGCUCGGCCAGGGGUUGGUACCUGUGACUGUGCACGGAAUGCCAUCCUUGGUGCCUGGGCAGUUAGAUGCCGCCUGUCUGUGUGAGGAGCGAUGCAGGUUCUCUAGCUGCAGGGACAGGCUGACUGACUGAGCUCAUUCCCUGUGCCUUUCUCCCCAGUCUUUGCACUGGAGACAGACUGAGACAGAAAUCACUGCACGUUUGAGAUCCUGGGAAUUUCGUGCCUGGCAACAAAUCGGCUUCGAAGUCCAUCGUCCUGGGAAACUGUCACCUUCUGUUUGCAACACCUGGAGAGGUAUUCUUUCUGGUGAUUGAAGCACAUCUUGGAACAAGGUAUUAAGCAUGGGAAAAAACCUUGACUUGUCUGGAUUGACAGAUGAUGAAGCUGAACAUGUGCUACAGGUUGUCCAGCGGGAUUUUGAUCUCCGGAAGAAGGAACAAGAACGACUGAGUGAACUGAAGCAGAAACUGAACGAGGAAGGCAAUAAACGCACAAUCCUUUCCAAGCAGGAGAAGUUCAAUGAGAACUGCUGCAUCCGCUGCUGUAGCCCUUUUACCUUCCUCAUUAACACCAAACGUCCUUGUGUCGACUGCAAGUUCAAUAUCUGCAAGAACUGUGGUGCAUACAGCAAGAAGGAGAAAGCCUGGAUCUGUACCGUGUGUCACCAGGCCCGGCUCCUGAGGACCCAGUCUUUGGAAUGGUACUACAAUAAUGUCAAGGGCAGAUUCAAACAUUUCGGCAGUGCUAAGGUGGUUCACACACUGUACAAGAAACGCCUUUCCAGGAGGAGAAGCUCAUCAAACAUACUAGAUCUGAACGUUGUGUUCUGUGCAGAAGGCAAUAUUCUUGCAGACAGCCAAGAGAACGAAGAGAGUCUCUGUGGAAAUGACUCCACAUCCAACACACAGAUUGAAGGUCACACCAUCACUGAAACCCUAGCUACAGCCUUGCGGGUGGCUGAGGAAGCAGUCGAAGAGGCAAUCACCAAAGCAGAGUCCUUCAGUGACAGUCUGGAGAAACAGAACGAGAGCCAUUAUUUGCAAGAGCACAAGGAGGAACUGAUCGAAGAACUUGCUACAACUAUAAUGCAAAAGGUGAUAAAGAGGAAGAAAUCUGGGAAUGGACUGACUGAUUCUGAGUCUGAACAGCCACAUUCACAGAACAGAGCCUCUAUCUAUCCUCUUUCUGUGAAAGAAAAUGCUCCGGAGAACCGCAGUAGGAUGUCCAACCUGUGGAGAUCCCACUCUGAAUUCUCUCUGACCAGCGAGGAAAAUCUAAGUAAAGACCUAACUGAAACUAACCCUAAAUCCUCUGUCUCCGGAGUGAUGGGGAAGCUUGGACAAUUCCAGCCCUCCGAAAAUCUGGACUUAAGAUCCUAUUCACUGCCAAGUUGGAAAAGCAUGGAUUUGCUGGAUAAUGCAGGUUCCUCAGCUAUGGCCAUGUUGCACAGCCCUGAUGGCAACUGGAUGGCAAUGCAGAGCACACCAGCCAUCCGCCCUCGCUUGCUAGCCAAGCCAAAGAGCAGAGUGUUCAUUGCCCUGGAGAAUGAGGCAGACGUUGUGUCCGCCUAUGACGAGAUGGGGAUGGACGAUGACAAUGAUGAUGAUAUUGGCUGGAGCCCAGCUCUCGGUGAAUUGAGGCAGCGUUCUGGGAAACUGUCAGAUGAGACCUACUUCACCGACUCACAGCAUGACAACGACUGGCUGGGCGCCAAUGGAAAGCGCCAUUCAGUCACCUCACCGUCCUCCGGCCGAUACACCAACACGGAAACCAUGUACUCGGACUCGGAAACCUCCUCCGCCGGCUCAGUGCAGGUAUCGAUACGCAGCUCAGAUGACCGGGUCACGGCAGCUGAAAGAAAGUCAAGCCAUGACGGAGCCAUGCCAGCUGGCGCUUACUGUGCCGGGCAACUCGACAUAAACUACAACACGCAGGUGCGAGGAUUUGGGAACAUUGAGAGCAGCGAGGGCGAAGAUAUUCCUGAGGAGUCUGAGAGGAAGCACAGACGGAGAAAACGGAGCAAAUGCUCACCUCAGGAGCAGCUGCACGAAACAGCAAGCCCUUUGAAAAUUCAGCAAUCACUUUCUAAAAACACAUGCCAGGAGCUGAGCAGAUGUAUGUUCGUGAUGGAGCAGAGCCUUUCGAGGCUGGAGAGGAGAAUUAGUUUGGGGACCUGGAGCAGAGAGGAAUCGCCUAUUUCUGCAGAAAAGGUCCAAAAUGCAGACAGGAAAUCCAAUCUGGAUCCAGAUAGUGGAGUCACAUUUUCCAGAACUCAUGCAGAUUUAAUGGAGGAGAAACUAAGAACCAAGUUGGUUCGGCUUGCAACCAAACUAAGUGACAAGGAGUCAUCAUCUGGAGAUGAGCUGGAUCCAGAUACAACUGAGGGAGCUCAGGAGACCUCCUCGUGUGAUGAAGAUCACAAGCACAUUCAAGAUGAACUCAUGAGAAAGUAUUCUGCCAUCUCUCUCUGCAACAUCACAACAGAAGCGCUGAAAGUCAUCAAUGCCACAGAGGAUCUGAUUGGAGAGGCCACAGGGAAAAGUGAUUCCCGGUCGGAAUCGAGUGGAGGAAGAAUUCCGACAGGGAAGGACGCAGUAAAACUUGAAGAACAGCUCUCUAAACUGGAGGAAAAUGUUUACAUAACGGCGGGCACAGUGUACAGUCUGGAGGGACAACUGAACGACCUGGAGGAUUGUGCAAGGAGCAUCCACAGUGUAACCACAGAGACAGAACUUGCUGAUCUAGAGGACCAAGUGGCAACUGCAGCUGCUCAGGUUCACCAGGCUGAGCUCCAGGUUUCAGAUAUUGAACGCAGAAUUUCGGCUCUGAACGUGGCAGGAUUGAAUGUGGUUCCCUGUGAACGGCUUCUAAAGAAACGUAACCAGCCAGAAAUGAAGGCAGAGACCAUUGAUUCGUCCAGGCAACAGAGGAGAAAACUACCUGCCCCACCAAAGCAAGGAGAGACAGUUGACAGCACUCCAGGUACGUCCAUCAGGACCUACAGCAGGAAUAGCUUGUUCCAAGAUUCAACAUCACGGCACAAUUGAAAGGAAGACACAAGCAUUGUUGAUCCUUCUGCAAAGUCUUAACCGUACUGAGAACUGGACACCCACUCUGAAGUCAACUCACUGCCUAUGGCUGUCCACUAGAGUGCCUUGAUACAACAGCCAUGGAAACUCUAAUCCUGCCACCACUCUCAAUCCCAUAUGGAGCGGACUCUCACCGGAUACCUCCCUGAGUUCACCCUGUGACACUUCAGGAUUGUACCUUUACUGUGGUAAAAAGAAUUCGUUUUGCCUUAAUUUCAGAGACAUUUUGGAAAUGGUGACUGAUCUCUCUGUACCAUUGGCCCACGCCAUUUGAAAAGCACUUUGAUGUGUUUGCUGUACAAAACUCGUGAUUGUCAUGUCCGUGAUUGUCUUUAACUGGUAGCACACAAUUGAUGUAAUUGGAAGCAAGGUUAUUCGUAAGUGAUUUGCCAAGUGUAUUAUCUUAAUCAACUGAAAAAGUUGUUGCCAAAAACAACGUGGAGGUGUACAGUACCUCUGACAUGUUGGUGGUUACUGUCACUUCAUUAGGGAUUAAUCCCUAGAGCAAUGACAUUAUUGAAUCUUUUUUAAAUGUUAUUUUAAUGUGCACAUUUAUUUUCAUACAAUUUUGAUCUCAUAUUGUAAACUGAAUUUACUUUUACAUUGAGUUCAAAGAACUUUCAACUGGAUUUUGUGGAACGAAUAUUGCCAAUGGAUGUAUUUUUGUUGCUUUUUAAAAGCAAGUACUUUGUGAAAAGUUAUCGGAGAAUCGAGCACUUCUCUCAGCUCUCAGAGCAAAGACACUAAAGUGUGAAAAUGAAAAACAAAAUCACAAUGUCAGAACUUUAUCCAAAAAGAAUGAUUGGCUUGAGAGGACAGGCACUGAGCGGCAAUGGUUCAAAUCCCAAAUAAAACACAGGCAUUACAACUCAA